CUGCCUGGAUGACAGCUGGAUCCACCCUCGAAACCUCACCCCUUCAUCCCCAAAAGACGUCCAGAUCCAGCUGCGCUUUGUCCACACCCAGGGUGGAGAGCUACUCCCUGUGGCCCACAUCGAGUGGACACUUCAGACAGACGCCAGCAUCCUGUACCUCGAGGGCGCAGAAUUGUCCAUCCUGCAACUGAACACCAAUGAACGUUUGUGUGUCAAGUUUGAGUUUCUGUCCAGACUGUGGAAUCACCACAAGCGGUGGCGUUUUUCCUUCAGCCACUUUGUGGUAGACCCUGACCAGGAGUAUGAGGUGACAGUCCACCACCUGCCCAAGCCCAUCCCUGACGGGGACCCAAACCACCAGUCCAGGGACUUCCUCGUGCCUGGCUGCGAGGACUCCAGGAUGAAGGUAACCACGCCAUGCGUGAGCUCAGGCAGCCUGUGGGAGCCCAACAUCACCGUGGAGACCCCGGAGGCCCACCAGCUGCGCGUGACCUUCACCUUGUGGAAGGAGGCCACCCCCUACCUGGUCCUGCUGAACAGCUUCUCACGCACGGAGAAUCGCAGCUGUCCCGGGCAUGGGCAGCGCGUUCCUGCGCCUCGGCAAGAGGAUUUCCACCAGCGAGCCAACGUUACGUUCACGCUGGACAAGUUUGAGGUGUGCUGCCGCCACCAAGUGCAGGUCCAGCCCUUCUUCAGCAGCUGCCUCAGCGACUGCCUCAGACACUCCGUGACCAUCCCCUGCCCAGAAACCACAGGCCCUCCAGGUAGGAGGGAAGUGGCUGACUACAUGCCCCUGUGGGUAUACGGGUGCAUCACGGGCGUCUCCAUCCUGCUGGUGGGCUCCGCCAUCCUGAUGGUUCUUUGCAUGACCUGGAGACUGUCCGGAUCUCAUCAUGACAAGUGUGCUAAUGACACCAGAUGCACAGAUGUCCUCUCUGAGGCUGACCUGACGCCCCCGCCCCUGAAGCCCAGGAAGGUCUGGCUCGUCUACUCAGCUGACCACCCCCUCUACGUGGACGUGGUCCUGAAAUUCGCCCAGUUCCUGCUCACCACCUGUGGCACCGAGGUGGCCCUCGACCUGCUGGAAGAGCAGACCAUCUCGGAGGUGGGGGUCAUGACCUGGGUGGGCCGCCAGAAGCAGGAGAUGGUGGAAAGCAACUCCAAGAUCGUCAUCCUGUGUUCCCGAGGCACCCGGGCCAAGUGGCAAGCCAUCCUGGGCUGGGAGGAGCCCGCCCUCCGGCUGCGCUGUGACCGCUGGCCCGCCGGGGACCUCUUCACGGCCGCCAUGAACAUGAUCCUGCCGGAUUUCAAGAAGCCGGCCUGCUUUGGCACCUACAUUGUCUGCUACUUCAGCGGCAUCAGCAGUGAGGGCGAUGUGCCCGACCUCUUCAACAUCACAUCCAGGUAUGCGCUCAUGGACAGGUUCGAGGAGGUCUACUUCCGCAUCCAGGACCUGGAGAUGUUCGAGCCCGGCCGCAUGCACCGCGUCGGGGAGCUUGCAGGGGACGGCUACCUGCAGAGUCCCGGCGGCCAGCAGCUCCGGGAGGCCCUGGACAGGUUCCAGGAGUGGCAGGCCCAGUGCCCCGACUGGUUUGAGCGCGAGAAUCUCUGCCCGGCGGACGACCAGGACCUCCCAUCCCUGGACGAAGAGGUGUUCGAGGAGCCGCCGCUGCCCCCAGGAAUUGGGAUCGUGAAACAGAUGCCCCUGGUGCGGGAGCCCGGCUCCCAGGGCUGCCUGGCCGUCGGCCUCCUCGUGGGUGAGGAGGAAGGCGGGCUGGCAAGGCUGGAGCCUCGCCCUCCGCUCCCGGGGGAGCCGGUGGCCCAGUCCCUGCAAACCCUGGUGCUCCCCGUGGAGAAGGUUCCUCCGGCUGGGGCAGUGGAGCCCGUGUCCCUCGCCGAUGGCGGCAGCGCAGCCAGCCAGCUGGCCGUGGUGGAGCAGAGCGAGGCCUGGCCACUGCUGGGGGACUGUGGCCCUCGGCGUAACAGCGUCCUGCUCCUCCCGGGGGACCCGGAGCACUCGCCUCUCUGCAGCACCCCCGUGGCAUCUCCCGACCCCCUGCCAGACGGCGUGAGGGAGCAGCUUGAGGACCUGAUGCUGUCACUCUUCCAGCAGAGCCUGGGCUGCCAGGGCCCCGCCGCGGUCCUCAAGGACGCACACACGCCCUACGAGGAGGAGCAGCGGCAGUCGGUGCAGUCCGACCAGGGCUACAUCUCCAGGAGCUCCCCGAGGCUCCCGGAGGGACCCUCGGAGGUGGAGGAAGAGGAGGAGGAAGAGCCGGGUCUGGGGAAGCCCCCCCCGCCGCUCUCUCCGGAGGACCUGGCCAGCCUGAGGAGGCUUCAGCAGCGGCUCCUCUUCCCCGAGCUGCCGAAGAGCUCGGGCUGGGACGGGGUGGCGUCGGAGAGGCCGCCCGCCUGA